AUGGAGGGGGUGAUGGUGAGCACUGCAACAGGAGCAAUGAAUUCAUUGCUCUCCAAGCUUUUCAAGCUGCUCAGCUAUGAAUUCAAUUUGUUCAGAGGGAUCCGUAACGAGAUAGAAUUUCUCAAACAUGAGCUGAGCUACAUGAAUGCUCUGUUGCACAAUCUCGCAAACAUGGAGGAGCUUGAUAUUCAAACACAUGUGUGGAGGAACAAGGUGCGUGAGCUAUCUUAUGACAUUGAAGAUUGCAUUGACAUCUUCAUGCAUCAUCUCGGUAAUAAUGAUGAGAAGGCUGGCUUGGUCCACGAAGCAACUAAAAUGUUUAAGAAACUAUGGGUGUGCCAUCGAGUCUCGAAACAAAUUCAACAACUUAAGGACCGUGUUGUGCAGGAGAAUGAACGGCGCAAAAGGUAUAAACUGGAUGAGGGGCCAUCUAAUUCUAGAGUGGUGGAAAUUGAUCCCCGGCUACCUUCAUUAUAUGCACAUGAUGGACAGCUUGUGGGAGUGGAUGGCCCAAGGGACACUAUCAUUCACUGGUUAAUUGGAGACGAAGGUAGAGGAUCAUCACAACAGCUCAAAAUAUUGUCCAUUGUGGGCUUCGGGGGUCUUGGGAAGACAACACUUGCCAACUCGGUUUUCUGUAAAAUCAAGGACAAAUUUGACUGCACAGCAUUUGUUUCUGUGUCACAAAAGCCUAAUCUACCAAAGAUUUUGAAGGACAUACUUUCAGCAAUUGGAGGCUUCAUGGGUGAUCCAGAUGAUAAUUUACAAAUAUUGAUUGACAAAAUCAGAGAACACCUUAUGUAUAAAAGAUAUCUUAUUAUUAUUGAUGAUUUAUGGAGCAUCCCAGCAUGGGACACUAUUAAGUGUGCUUUUGUAGAAAAUAAUAAUGGUAGCGGAGUUAUUACCACUACACGUAUUCAAGAUGUUGCUACAGCUUCUUGCUUUCCUUAUGGUCGCCACGUAUACCAGAUGCAAUGCCUUGAUGAGCUAUACUCAAGGAGGCUUUUCUUCAAUAGGGUAUUUGGUACCGAGGAUGGUUGUCCUGAACAAUUUAGAGAAAUUUCAGACGACAUGUUAAGGAAAUGUAAAGGGGUACCAUUGGCAAUUACUAGUAUUGCAAGCCUUUUGGCUAACCGGAGCAUGCAUGUUGAGACAUGGGAGAAGAUACGUAAAUCACUGGGGUAUGAGCUGGACACAAACCCUACACUCGAAUGGAUGAGACAUGUGCUAAAUCUCAGCUACAAUGAUCUAUCACACGAACUCAAAACAUGCUUACUAUACCUUGGUGUAUACCCAGAAGAUCAUGCAAUUGGAAAGUUUGAUUUGGUGAGAAAAUGGAUAGCUGAAGGAUUUAUUCGGGAAAAGCAUGGUUUAGACCCCGAGGAAGUUGCUGAGAACUGUUUUAAUGAACUUGUCAAUAGAAGUAUGAUCCAACCUUUCUUCGAUGAUUCCGAUGAGGAGUGGUCAUGUCGAGUUCAUGAUUUAAUGCUUGAUCUAAUCAUAUUGAAGUGUAGUGAAGAAAACUUCACCACCAUAAUUGAUAGGCAAUUUAAAAUGAAAAACGGAGCAUCACAAGUUCGUCGGAUAAGUCAUCAGUCCAAUAACAGUAACAUAGCCCUGGUAGUGGACAAGAUGAGUCUUUCACAAGUUCGGUCAUAUAAUUCCUUCCCUGCAGCUGAUUGUAUGCCUCUACUUUCGAAGUUUGAGCACUUGAGAGUUUUGGACAUUGACCACGGCUCAUAUGCAGCGCCAGAAUCUAUAUGCUUUGCUUUAUCUGCUAUAAAUCAUCUAUUUCUUCUGAGGUACCUGAAGGUCAGAGGCUUUCGUUUGGAGCUGCCAGAAAAAUUUGGGAAACUUGAGCAUUUGAUGACCCUUGACAUAUCACGGGGAAAGUUGUAUCCCAGUCACCAAUCAUCGGAUUUUACUUCCCUGUCAUCGUUGAGGCACCUCAGUCUCUCAAUGUUUGGACAUGGUGUAGUUCUAAGAAAUGGGCUUAGCAAACUGUGCAACCUACGCACUCUGUUUCAUUUUGAUGUCAGGACAAAUUCUGCAGACUGCAUCAGAGACCUCGGCGAGUUGGCCAAUCUAAGGGAGCUCAGUGUAUCUUACUCCAGGCCAUUUGGUGUGCAAGAUAAUCCUGACACGAGACUACUGAAGUACGACAUCCUGGCAGCCUCUCUUGACAAGCUUGGGAGCAUCAACCUCCGCGACCUAGACAUUGUUGGCUGUGACUCCAGUGCCACCCCAACACAGUUCUGGGACAAUUGCUUCACGCGACCACGGAAUCUGCAGAGGCUUUGGUUGCCCAAGUUGUCACUGCCCAAGGUUCCAAAUUGGAUGGUGCAUGCCGACAGAUUGGAAAAUUUGAAGAAACUGACAGUGCAGGAGCUACGGCACGAUGACUUCCUGGUUCUUGCACAGUUGCCCUGCCUCAUGUACCUGUUCCUAGAGGCUAAAACAAUCCCAGAGAGAAACACCACUGUCCAGUCCAACACAUUCCCCAGCCUGAAGAAAUUUCAUUUCUGGUGUGAGCUAUCACGUGUGACCUUUGAGCCAGCCGCAAUGCCGAGGCUACAGGCUCUGAGGAUAGCACUCGAUGGUUGUGGACAGGGUGCCGUGGAGCCGCGAGAGGGCAGUCCAGUUGCUGGGAUCCAGCACCUUGCAUGCCUUGAAGAGAUCUCCGUGGUUAUGCAUGUCAAAUGUGGUCACGGGUCUAGCAUAGAGUCUGCAUGCAGAGAUGCCAUCUUCAGGCACCCAAUAAGUGAAGCCAUACAGGUUCAUCUGGAGUGCAUAGAGUAUGACCAAAAUGGGCAUCGGGUGAGCACUGGAAGAUGA